CGAGGGUUUUUGGAGAAGCAGGAGCAGCGGCUGCUGUCCUGGCUAGAGGAGCUAGAGAGAGCCAUUGUCCAGAGAAGGGAUGAGGGCAUCUACAGCCUGUCCUGGGAGAUUUCCCUGCUCAGUGAGAGGGGAGGAGAGAAGGGGCAGCAGCUGCUGAGCCAACCCCUGCAGGGUGCGGGGAGCAAUGGGGGCAGGGAGGACGGGAUGUUUCGGAAGCCAGAGCCAUCGUUUGCGGAGCUGGAGAAGAAACUCAGCGAUUUCUCUCUGAAAAGUGCCAUGCUGCAGGAGGUGCUGCUGGGAUUCAAAGAGACGCUGCAACGGGAGCUGGGGAGCGACACAGCCAUCCCAAUGAUUUUUAAUUUCUGGGAAACAUCCUCAGCAGAAUUAUUUGAAGGUGUCGCGCCGGAGAGUAAUGGCACAAAGGCAGUGGCUUGUGGGGAACGGGGUGGCGGAGUAACGCCCACCUUUGGCUCCAGAUUGUCCCAGCCUCCCACGGGACAAGGAAGGGAACUGGCUGUAGGGGAGCUAGUUCAGGGGCCGGUGACCUUCGAGGAGGUGGCUGUGUAUUUCACCAGGGAAGAGUGGGCUCUGCUGGACCCCCGUCAAAGAGCCCUCUGCAGAGAUGUCAUGCAGGAGAACUAUGAGAAUGUGACCUUGCUGGCAGGUGAUGCAAUGGUAUAUGAGAAAGAGGAGCAAAAUUCUGAGCAGGAAAAUGUUGAGCAAGUGGCUGAACACAGAGAAUUAUCGCAAAGAUCGAAAAGGAAUGUGUCCAGGAGUCAUGAGCAGGGAAAAUGCUGUGAGAUUCAGCACAGACCAGAAAGAGAGCAAGGAAACCAUCCAGGGGAGAAAAUGGGUAAAUUUAUUUUCUGUCAGGAAACUCAGAAGAGCGUCAAGGAAACCACAACACAGCAGGAAAUCGUCAUGGGAAAGAGGAAAAAUACAUGUACUGAGUGUGGAAAAACCUUCACUUGCAGCUCAGUCCUUUCUAUUCAUCAGAGAAUCCAUGCAGGGGAGAAGCCCUAUGAAUGCCGUGAGUGUGGGAAAACAUUCACUCACAGGUCAGGCCUUGCUCAGCAUGAGAGAAUCCACACAGGGGAGAAGCCCUAUGAAUGCCGUGAGUGUGGGAAAACAUUCACUCACAGGUCAGGCCUUGCUCAGCAUGAGAGAAUCCACACAGGGGAGAAGCCCUAUGAAUGCCGUGAGUGUGGGAAAACAUUCACUCACAGGUCAGGCCUUGCUCAGCAUGAGAGAAUCCACACAGGGGAGAGGCCCUAUGAAUGCCGUGAGUGUGGGAAAACAUUCACUCACAGGUCAGGCCUUGCUCAGCAUGAGAGAAUCCACACAGGGGAGAAGCCCUAUGAAUGCCGUGAGUGUGGGAAAACAUUCACUCACAGGUCAGGCCUUGCUCAGCAUGAGAGAAUCCACACAGGGGAGAGACCCUAUGAAUGCCGUGAGUGUGGGAAAAGCUUCACUCGCAGCACAGGCCUUUCUAAACAUCAGAGAAUCCACACAGGGGAGAGGCCAUAUAAAUGCAGUGAGUGUGGGAAAACCUUCAAUCACAGUUCUCACCUUAUUACCCAUCAGAGAAUCCACACAGGGGAGCGGCCCUAUGAAUGCUGUGAAUGUGGGAAAACCUUCAAUCACAGUUCACACCUUCUUAGGCAUCAGAGAAUCCAUACAGGAGAGAGACCUUAUGAAUGCAGUGAGUGUGGGAAAAACUUCACUUGCUCUUCAGACCUUUUUCAACAUCAUAGAAUCCACACAAGAGAGAGGCCCUAUGAAUGCAAUGAGUGUGGGAAAAGCUUCACUACCAGCUCAGCCCUUUCUGAACAUCACAGAAUCCACACAGGUGAGAGGCCCUAUAAAUGCUGUGAGUGUGGGGAAAGCUUCCCUAGAAGUUCAGCCCUUUCUGAGCAUCAGAAAAUCCACACCGGUGUGAGACCCUAUGAAUGCCAUGAGUGUGGGAAAACCUUCAAUCGUAUCUCAGUCUUUAGCAGGCAUCAGAGAAUCCACACAGGGGAGAGGCCCUAUGAAUGCAGUGAGUGUGGAAAAAACUUCACUCACAGAUCAGCCCUUUCUGAACAUCAGAAUAUCCACACCGGUGUGAGACCGUAUGAAUGCACUGAAUGUCAGAAAACCUUCAAUCGCAGCUCAAACCUUAUUAGGCAUCAGACAGUCCACACAGGAGAGAGGCCCUAUAAAUGCAGUGAGUGUGGGAAAAGUUUCACUUGCACUUCAGACCUUUUUCAACAUCAGAGAAUCCACACAGGGGAGAGGCCCUACAAAUGCAGUGAUUGUGGGAAAACCUUCUCUUGGUACUCAGCCCAUGUUAGGCAUCAGAGAAUCUGCAAGGGAGAUCAACACUAUAAAAACCUCUAGGGCUAUCAAUACUUUAAUACUUUUCCUGAUUCCCACAUACUAACUUUUAAAGCUGUUUUAACUGUUUGCAGCACCGUUAUCCCUCAGCUUGUCUGGAUGAAUGGCCCAUUUUUGCCAUUCCCCCUCUUUUGAAGUUGACCCAUUUGUCCUUUCUAUCAACUCCAUUGUCCCUUGUGUAAUUCAAGUGUGCCCUUCCUAUCCGGAACAAGGGAGCAUCGUAUUACUUCUUUACAUCUUCCUACUUCGAAAGAUUAAAAAGUGUGAAAAGAGAAGUAUCUUUCCUUAUGAUGCAGACAUUCCCACAUAGGAGACCCCUUCCACCAACACACAUGGCAGAAGAUCCUGAAAUAUAUGAACUUACAGAAGUGUUUGGGGCCUACGUUGGGACAAACCACAAUUUGAGCCAAGGUUCAGUUGUUGGCAGUGGGCGUUAAAAGAAAACUAACAGAUAUGAUAAGAAUUUAUGAUCUUUGAAUAUGUUCUUGUUACCAAUAAAAAUGAAGUUAUAGGUGAAGUUAUUGGUUAAAGAGUAAGAGACUGUGUGAUAAUUUGAAUUAUUUUGGAAAACUGAAAGUUGUCUUACAGCAAAUGAUGGUUAAUCUUGAAAAGUUAAUUUGAUUUAAUUUACCCCCUGUAAUUUAAGGUGUUCUGGUAGAAAACCUCACUCUAAUGGUUGGGGUGGAAGAAUGUGUAUGAGAAUGAGUGUAUAAGAGAAUAUUGGCCCAGUAUCGAAUUUAAUUUUUUGUAUUUCAAAUAAAACUUAUUUUGCUUA